CCUGGCUCCAUUUUGAGAAGGUGAGGGCGUGGUGUGGCUCAUCCUGCAACUCCUGUUCCACCCCUGCAUAGCAGACUGGUGCAUCUCAAGGUCAGCCACGUGAAUUAGUCAGUAUCAUGAAGUCUCUUGGGCAGUCCCCAGACUUUCUCCUAUGUAAUGCCAGGACUAGCAUUCCAAGAGCUUAAACCUGUAUCGCGUCAGGAUGACUUCGAGGUUUCCAACAGCGGCGGAAAUUCUAUCGUUUCCUGCACCCAACUAUGUCGAUCCAACAACUCGAAGGCCCUUAGCUAUUGGUAUUCUUACGCCGAUGACUUUCAUUGUCGUUACUUUCAUCAGCUGUCGCUUUUACAGUCGCACAAUCCUGACCAAGACGCUGGGAUGGGAUGAUGGCAUCAUGCUUCUGGCGGCUAUUACCUCUGUUGGGAACAACAUCAUGGUCAUCAUUUCCAUGUUGCCACAGUAUCAGAUGGGUUAUCACCUCUGGGACAUACACCCACAGAUUCUCUAUGCAUCCAUGAAGGCUGCGCAGAUGGGGAUGGCAACACAGUUGCUGUUCACCGUAGUCAUAACGCUGAUGAAAGUCGCAAUACUCUUGACGUACAUGCGCAUCUUUCCAUCUCGACUCAACAAAUGGUUCUGUGUCAUAAUGCUUGCCUACACCAUUUCGCUCAACACGGCAUGCUUUUUCGUCACACUUUUUCAGUGCGCCCCAGCAAGCACGUACUGGAAUAUCUUUAAGUACAUCGGACGGACUAAAUGCCUGAAUAUAAGGGCCAUUUACUAUUUUCAUUCCGCGCAAAAUACCUUGAGCGACUUCUUGAUCUUCCUGUGGCCAGCCAGGGAUCUUCUCAACGUCAGAGUUUCGUUGCGACAGCGAAUCACACUGACAUGCAUGUUUUCUCUCGGAGUCAUCGUAUGUGUCGCUGGUGUUGCGCGUCUCUACUAUACUCAUAUCUAUCUGCACUCAUUUGACGUCUUCUGGCAUGGCGCAGAAACUUUCAUCAUCAUGUGCGUGGAGAGUGGAGUCGGUAUCGCGUGUGGUUGUCUUCCUGGUUGCAAGCCACUGAUGAAUAGGCUGUUCCCGCGAUAUUUUGCCACUACCACCAAUCGUUCGGACCAAUACCCUCGUAGAUGGCAACACAAUCACAUGAAACAAACCGAUGACGAGGAAUCGACCCUGCCUUCUGGUUCGGCCAAGGGCGACGUGACGCGACUCAUCAGCUCGAGGUCAGCUACAGCCACAGAACUCGCAGCCCUCCAGCAGACAACUCAAACACAAAAUUCUAUCAUGCCUAGCAUACGAUCACGUUCACCCACUUUUACUCGCUCGGUAUCAUUCACGACAGCACCUGUUGUCAACGCGGACAACAAUCGAACACAAAAUCACCACCGCUCCACCUCGCACUUGGCACAAAAUACUUUCACGACAACCAUCACCGCACAGCCCCACCACUCGCGCGCGUCAUCACGGAAUUCUAGAUGGAGUAGUUUUGAUAUCAACAAACCAUUACCGAUGCGACCGGCCCCGCCUGCUGUGGUGGCGCGCAGACCGAGUGGGAGCCGCAUUCGGAGAAGCAGAAAUGUGUCAAGGGAGCUGAGCACAAUUAGCAAUGCUAGUAUGGAGACGUUCAUCUUGCAAGGGGAACAAAGCGUGUCAGGAAAGCAGUCCCCAGAGCGGAAAAAUGAUAUAUGGAUGGGGUAGUAUUCAGGAAAAGCAGAUGGUGUCCUGACUUUUCGCAGCGACGUGGGCCGGAAGAUAUAUACAGAUACCUAGAUAUGCAGCGAGAUUUGGGGUCAUUCAAGGGUGGCACUGUAUCACUAUAACAGUCCCGGUUUGAGAUUAGAAAAGCGCU